UCAUUGUAGUGGGAAGUGAAAGUAGCGCGUUUCAAACCGAAAUAAGUGUGUUUAUUAAAACAUAUAGAGGCAUUGGCUAGUUGAAGGUGAAAAUGAUGAAAUUGAGCUGCAAGAAUGGAGUAGUGGUGUUAGAGAUCAAAACCAGGUGUCAACUGCAAGUAUUCAUAGUUUAGACUGGUGUGAUCAGGUAUAAUGAUAUAUUUAAAUAAGUCUCUGAGUUCAUUCUAGCUACCAACUUGAAAUCAUUAUCUAAUUUUUCAAAAAUAUUUUUCUGACUUUCUGCCUUUUUGCUUUCACUAUCUCUGACAGCAAAUUUCCUAUAAUUAGUGCUGAUUAUCCUUUAUAUUUUGAGUAUAAACUAUUCUAAGUUAAUUAAAUAGGAUGCAGAAUGUCUUCAAAAGGAUUUUAAAAUAGUUCUGAAAAUUAAGCCUCUUAGUAUUAUAGCAUGACAUGGUAUGACUGUUCAUAUAGCAUGACAUGGUAUGACUGUUCAUUCCCCAUGAAACAGAUUUCAUGACACAUGUCUACAUGUUUUCCCAUAUAAUUUUUGAUAAGCUUUAAUGUGCUUGCAAGUCUAUGCUGUCUGGAACCUAAAGCAAGGACUAAAUGUUGAAAUUCCAGCACAUUCAGCUAAGGUCUUACAGUCUACAAUAACUUUCAAAACAUACAUGAUUAUGUAUUGUACACAGUUUUCAGAGAGAUCUGCAAAGUUUUUAAAGCCAGUUUGUUGCACCUUUUUGGGGAAUUAUUGAUGUCUUGUUCAGACUUGUUGUUUAGACUCGUGUUGUAAGUAUUAAAUUGUAAAACAGAUUAAUUAGCCAGAACUCACAGUGACACAUUUCAUUUUCUCUCAUGUUUUCAAAUUUUAUAUAAUUUUCCUGUUUAAUCUGCUGGUUUUAUUCAGGAGAAUCCUGUCACAUUACAUAGGAAGAAAUCCGUUGCAGCGUCUCUGACAGAAGUUUUAAUGAAAGGCAGACAUCCACAUACACAGUCAUCUGGUAUAUAUUGAUAUGUUGAAAUUUCUUUUACUCAGGCCUGUCAUUACAUGAACAAAGCAACUUUAUUGAAGACAAUGAGUCAGAAGAAGUGCGAGUUGAGGACCUGUUCAAAACUGGCAAACAAAAACAAAGACAGCAGACAAAUGUGAGAGCUGCCAUGGGUUUUUGGAAGUUGAUCUGGUUUGAUUUCAAGAACUGGUACAGAAGAUGGAGAGUAAAAAACCAGGAGACUGUCAUAUUGAAAACCUACAUCAAAAUGAUGGAAAGUAAUUUUGGUUCAGCAAUUGGAUCAUUGUUUGUAUUUGUGAGGUGGGUGAUGUUUCUGAACUUUCUGCUUGCUGUUAUGUGGAUGAGCUUUGUCAUCUUCCCUACAGCAGUUUGCUUUGACUAUGAUAAGAUCCAUGGACAGUUUGCUUUUAAAAACCUGAUUGAUGGAAAGGGAGUUUUGGCCCAGGUGUGGUUUUUCUAUGGAUCCUAUGAAGACGCAGUGAAAGGCUACCAUGUUGGUCUAGCAUACCUUAUCAUGAUGCUUGUUACUUGUUUUGGGAGUCUCUUUAUAAUUCUGGGCAGUAUUAACCAGUCCAAAGUGUCAAAGUCUGCAUCAGCUGUAAGUUCACGCUACAGAUUUGCUCUGAUGAUGUGGACAUCUUGGGACUAUUCCAUAACAUCUAAUGAAGCCUCAGUGAACCUUUCAAAAGGAAUUACAAGUGCUUUCAAGGACAAUCUUUAUGAGGCAAAGGCAUCGCAAAAUGUCAAAGAUCGAAGCACGAAAGAGAAAGUCAAAGUUUAUUCUUUAAGAAUACUUGCCUGGUUUAUAACAAUAAUAUUAAUUGGUGGAGGGUGCACAGCAAUUGUAUACUUGGUCAUAUUUGUCAGUUUUGAAGAAGUUAUCCCAAAUAUGGGUAGUGAAACUGAUGGGAAUACAGAGAGGACUGACUUCCUCAGUGUGUAUGGGACAACUAUUGUCUUCAGUCUCAUCAAUUCGUUGGUACCAGUUUGUGUAGAACAGCUUCCAAAGAUAGAGCAAUAUGAAAGUGGAAGAGAUGAGUUGAAUGUGACCCUGACAAGAGUAUUUGUUCUGAGAAUGUGCAACCUGUUUGCUCUCAUAACAUCUCUAUAUAAAUCAAUUACAAAGAGUGUACAUGGAUGUGCAGGCACAGUCUUGGGUCAAGAAAUGUAUAAACUGGUAAUCAUGGAUACACUGCUUCAUUCGACAGUUCAGCUAAGUGUGAAAUUUUGCAAGUAUUACUGGACAAGAGAGAAAUCAGAGUUCAAGAUCUCCUCUGCUGUUCUUGUGCUGGUUUACAGACAGGCUCUGGUGUGGGUUGGAACCUUGGCUUGUCCAGUCAUGCCACUAGUUGGACUGGCAUCUGCCCUUAUAUUCUUCUCAGUAAACUACUUGAUAGUGUAUCACACCUGUAAACCUCCUAUAAAACGCUGGAACCAGUCCAGAAAUACAUCAUUCUACUCCCUGUUCUUGCUGGCAAGUCUCGCCAUGUUGAUCCCACCUGCUUCAGUGGUAAUAGGAAGUUCAGAUCUUGUCAGUCUAGGGAAGACAAACAAACCAGAGACUUACUGUGGACCAUUUGGUUCUGAGAAACCUACUAGGGCCUACACAAGGUUCAGAUCAGAUCAGCCUUCCUGGAUAACAUCUGUACUUGGAUAUCUUGUCUCUGAACCUGUCCUCAUACCAGUUUUUAUGAUCCUUUUUUCUGUAAUGAUCCAUCAGAAAAGAAGACUAAGCAAUGGGAAGAAACAUAUGGUUGUGUUACAAGCAGAAUUACAACAGGAGCGAGAGGAAAAUGAGAAGUUGAUCAAGAAACUACAAAGUAUGGGUGUUGGAAUUGAAAGACACUGAAAUAUCUGGUGGAAAAAAUGAAAUGUUGGUUUCUUCUUAAAAAAUUCCUGUGACAUGACUGGAAGAGGAGUUGUUAAUAAUGUGUCUAAAUAGUCAGACUAUCUCAAAUAUGGCUUAUCAGUAAUAUAUUAGUGAAAGCAGUAUAUACCUGUACGCUUGCUGUGAAAUCAGUUAAUUUCGUGUGCAUGAAAUUUCUUGAUUUUGGCCAAAAUGGCUGUUUGAAGGAGAUAUAUAGAUUCUAAGAUUUCAAUUAUUUAGCAUUUAUAUAAAAGAGAAUUUCAGUUC